GCUGUCAGGAGCGCAGGAUGGCCAUGGAUAAAGCCGAAAACCCGCCGCUGUAGGAGCGAUCGGGCCACCCCCGAGCCGAAAAACAGGCAGAUAAAGUUUAUACUCCCCCGCUGCUGCAAAGACCGAUUCGGCGGAGGGCUCACUCCGGUCCCUCCCUGUUAGAAGAAAUGUGGCUAAACCCCGAUGAAGUUCUGCUCAAAAAUGUGCUGAAACUCUGGGUGACCGAGAGGAGCAACGACUUCUUCCUGCUGCAGAGGAGGAGAGGCCACGGCGAGUCCAACAGCAGGAUCACAGGGCUCCUGGUGGGGGCGCUUGACAAUGUUCUGGACUCCACUGCCAGGGUCACUCCCUUUCGCAUCCUCCUCCAAGUUCCCGGCUCCCAGGUCAGCUGGAUCAUUGCCAGUGGAGCUGCCAUAGAAGAGGUGAACAAGCACUGGGACUGGCUGCUCCACAACCUGCUUCACUCUCUGUCUGUGUUUGAGAACAAGGAGGAUGUUGCCAGCUUCGUCAAAGGAAAAGUCAAGGGCCUUAUCGCCGAGGAGGUUCAGGGACGCCAGGCGGCCCAGGAGGACGACCCGGGGAAGUUCAGGGAGGCGCUCCUGAAGUUUGAGGUUCACUUUGGCCUCCCCACGUCAGAGAAACUGGUGACGUACUACUCCUGCUGCUGCUGGAAGGGCCGGGUGCCUCGGCAGGGCUUUCUCUACCUCAGCAUCAACCACAUGGCCUUCUACUCCUUCCUGCUGGGGAAGGAAGUCAAGUUUGUGAUUCCCUGGGCAGAGGUGACACGGUUGGAGCGGGUCUCCAUCGCUUUAAUGCCGGAGGCAAUUCGGGUCACCACACGGCAGCGGCAAAGGGAGUUCUCCAUGUUCUUGAACCUGGACGAGGCGUUCGGAGUCAUAGGUCAGCUGGCUGACAUUGCCCUGAGGCGGCUGCUGGACAGCAAAGGCCUAGAGCUGGACCGAGUGCUGCAGCAGCCCGCACGCAUCACCAAAAGGUCAGUGCCGGUUCAGGUUUUGUCCAUAGAGAAAGCAGACAGCACCAGCGCGCUGCCCAACCCUGUCAUAGUGAGUAUUCGGACUAAAAAGGCCUUCCAGCUGAUUGAGCUGAACGACAGAGACGAGCUGGUUGAGAACAUGAACUCCAGACUUCGAGCGCUGCAGUGGAAACGGUCCAUGUUCCGCAGCAGGAAAGAGGGCAAGAGGAGCGUGAGCUCCCCAACACCUUACUACACCUUCUAUUAUGACACCGGGUACUCUGAUGAAGAAGAGAUAGAGGAGCAUGUCCUGCGCAACACUGUCAACAGUGAAGCUCUCAUGACGGCCUUCCACCAAAACCAACCAGGAACCAACGGCAACAAGAGCACGGAUCAGGUGAAGGAGCGGCUGUGGGAGGAUCAUUUCUCUGAGUUCGGACGUGGCGUCCACAUGUUUCGCACAGAGAAGAUCCAAAAGCUUGUGGCCAUGGGGAUACCAGAGUCACUGCGAGGGGAGCUGUGGAUGAUAUUUUCAGAUGCAUCCUCUGACCUAGGGUCCCAUGAGGGCUACUACGCCAGCUUGGUGCAGAAAUCAAUGGGCCAUAACAACCUGGCCACAGAGGAGAUCGAACGGGACCUGCACCGCUCACUGCCAGACCAUCCCGCUUUCCAAAACCCAACGGGCAUUGCUGCACUCAGGCGCGUCCUCACUGCGUAUGCUCACCGCAACCCAAAGAUCGGAUACUGUCAGUCUAUGAACAUCCUGGCAUCGGUGCUGCUGCUGUAUGCUAAAGAGGAAGAUGCCUUCUGGCUGCUGGUGGCCGUGUGUGAAAGAAUGCUGCCCGACUACUUCAAUCGCAGGGUCAUAGGCGCUCAGGUGGACCAGUCGGUGUUCGAGGAGCUCAUCAGGGAGCGUCUGCCAGAGCUGGCUGAACAGAUUCCAGACCUUUCCACCCUCUCCUCUGUGUCCCUGUCUUGGUUCCUCACCCUGUUCCUGAGCGUCCUGCCGUUCCACAGCGCCGUCUGCGUAGUCGACUGCUUCUUCUUCCACGGAAUCAAAGCCAUCCUCCAGCUUGGUCUGGCUGUGCUGGAGGCCAAUGCUGCGGAGCUUUCGUCCAGCACAGAUGACGGGCAGGCGCUUAUGAUUCUCACAGGUUUUCUGGACCAGGUUGGAAAUGUAGAGUGCCCCGGUUUUCCGUCCUCCUCGCCUGCUGCAGAGGAAUCUAGCUGCAGUGUCGCUAAGAGGCACACAAACAUCACCGACCUCAUCAAUGACUCCUAUAUCAAAUUCGGAGACCUGACAGUGCGGCAGAUUGAGCAGCUCCGCUGUCGGCACAGAAUCCAGGUGCUCCAGGCACACGAAGACACCACCAAAGAAAAUGCGCUCCUCAGUCCUCCUGCCUGUGACCAGGACUCGAGUCGUUUUUACCCUCGAUGUAUGAAAGACGCUUGA